CACGGCUACUUGUCCAAGCUGUUCUCUUAUUGUCAAAGUUAUAUAUGAUCCGGAUGAUUUUGCUGAGUAUGAAGAAGAAAGUGUAACAUUACCAAAGGAGAAGCAACUUGCAACAAAUUAAGCACAAUCUUGUAAGACUAUCAGUCAGAAUGGGUGGAAGAGGACGUGGAGGUCGAGGCAGGGGGAGGGGCAUGACCUACGAACAGCUGGGAGUUCAGAAAGGAGAGGUUUUACCCGAGAGAGUUGUUGGGCCACCAGAAACCUACCCUCCACUCGAGUUCCGCCCGGUGCAGCCUGCACAGGAAAAAAACCUGGCCGAAUCCUACCUCUUAGUGGUGAAGAAAGAAUUCCGAGAACACAUGCAAAAUUCACAGUACUUUAUUCACCCUGGAGUAAAGAGACCUGAUAUUGAACGAUACUCAGACAGAUAUCAGUUACUAGCAAGUCAUCGCGGGCAGUUGAAUAUAAAUUGGUCUCGGUGUCCGAAGGAACUCAGCCAUUCUAGUACAGCAGCAAAGAAGAGAAAAAGCUGGACCAAAAAGGCCGAUGUGAAAAAGGCAAAAGUGAAAGACCUAAAUGUAAGUGAGGCGUUAGAGGCAUUACAGAAAAAGGAAGAAACACAGAGUAAGGAAGGGGUUGAAGAGGAAGGAGAAGAAGAGGGUAAACCAGAGGGUGAAGAAAUAGAGGAAUUAGAAGAGGAUGAUGAAGAGCUUGAUGAAGGUACAGACUAUGUCAAUAAUUAUUUUGAUAAUGGUGAUAGUUAUAUUGAUGAAGAAGAUGAUGCCCUUGAAGAAGGUGGUGUUUUUUAGUGUUUCAAACAAAUAGAUUUUUGCUCAUAUGAACCAGUCACCAUGAAUAAUGUAUAUUUAUAAAGAGAUGUGCAACUAUUAAAGGAAAAAAAAAGAUUAAUCCAUGGCAACCAGUUGGCCAUUUUCAUUUACUUAUUUUCCAAAAGAAUUUAAAAUAUUUUAAAGCUUUUUCAUCUUAUUAUUUGCUUCUUAUUUGAGAUAUUGAUAAUCAUGCAAUGGAAUGAAAGUUAUAUUGCUACUAGAGUCUAUGACUAUAUGAUAGCAUUGCAGGAAACUUUUUUGUAUUUAAUAAAACAUUUUGAAUAUGCAUAGAAAUGUGCUGAUUUUAUAUAUAUAUUGUCUUUAUAAGAUAAUCUUAAUAAUAAUGAUGUGUGAAAUGA